UUCGUGAUCGCGGUUAGUUCGGCUACGACGGGAUCCGCAUUAUGGACGGAGACUAUGAUCACGUAACUCUACUUCCGGACUCGCCGCUGGGAUUCAGCGCCAUGCUUUUGGUAUCGCCUAAAACCGUAGCGUUGUGCAUCUCCUUACUCAUCUCUGUGACUGGCUGUCAGACUGUUUGUUGAUUGAACGUUUCGAACGUGUACGACUAUCCCGUACGCGAUACAUGUGUAACGAUAAAACCCGAGCCAACAAUGGAGAACACAUCGAAGAGGACUGCCAAGAAAGAUAUACGAAAAGUCGCAAAACGGUCACAAAAGCAGAAAUCAAAGAGAACGAACGAAGAUUCAAUUACAUCUGACAGCGAAAGAUGGAUGAGUUAUGACGUUUUGCGAAUCAUAUUUAGACACUUGAAUGGCAAGGAUUUAACGAGUGCAGCUAUGGUUUGCAGAUUGUGGCAAGGAGCAGCGAGUGAUGAAAAGAAGACAAGACUCUGGCCUGAUUGUUUCAUGGUACAUAUUAGUAAGUUAGAAGAAAAAGGGAAGACCCUUGGGCUUUCUAUUGUAAAGCACAUUAAUAUCCAACCGAUAGUUGGAUUGGUAUUUGGAGUUAGCACAAUCAAUAGUCGUAUUGUAUGUGAAUCUAGGAUUAUGAGUAAAAAAGGUCCAGGCUGUUACUGUUCCUAUUUACCUACUCAAUGCAAGAGUAUUAUAUUUGGUGACCAUGGAAUGAUAGCUAAUCAGAUUGAAGCUGAAUGUGAUAAUGAUGCUGUCUCAUGCCUCUUUUUACCAAAAGUACCAAAUGUUAAAAUUAAGACAUUCACAUUAACAAGUCAUGCAGUCUCACAUAAUUUUAAACAGUUUGCAAAAAAUAGAAAGCGACCCUUUAGUCAACAAUUUGACAAAGACAUGAAAGCUGUAAUAAUAUUUUCCAAUGAUGCAGGCUCAGGAAUAAUAAGCAGAAUGUUGCAAUUCUUUGUUUCUGAGCGAAGUAAGACUUCCAAAGAACCCUUGUCCGUAUGGGGUGGUAUUGCCACCGAAUUAGCUAUCUGCAAUCGGAAGGAUAAUAAAUGUCUGGUAAACGUGAGCUUAGCUGGCAUUUCUUUCAGUGGAUCAGACAUCUCAACCUGGUCUAUAGUUAUAGAUGAUCAACAGAGAACAAAAGAACAAAUAGAAGCUAAGCUGUCGCAGCUAAAGGAUUGCAUAAAGUUAAGAAAAUACACAAUAGGUUUCAUGCUCGCCUGUUAUCAGCGUGGAGUUCGAUUGCACAGCGAACGAAACGUAGAAUCGAGCAUAUUCAAGAAACUCUUUCCUAAUAUACCCCUCGUGGGUACUUUUGGCAGCGGAGAAUUCGGACUGACUACUAUUAACAAUGAUUCUUCUCAACUAGUGACACAUGAGUGGUCGACUAUCUUUAUGAUCCUAUCCUAUGGAUAGAAUCAGACUGAUUUCUGAAUCUUUAUACAUUUUUCUAAAGUGAAAUACAUAACUGUAAGGAGUUCUGGAUGAUAGCUACAUAAUGUGAAGUGACUUGAAAAUAAAAUGAUAAUAUAUUUAGAAUUUAAAGUA